GGUGGACCUGGAAGAUAACAGCUGGCAGGCUGAGGCCAGACACUGGCACGUGCAGUUGUCCCUGGUGGUUUUUUUGCACUGACUUGGGGAGCCAGCUCAUGAUCUCAGGAUGUAUGGAAAAAUAAUCUUUGUAUUGCUAUUGUCAGGAGAAAGGCAGCAACUUGUGCAUGAUUUCUCUGAACCAGUGAUAACACUCAUUAUUUUUGGGGUGAUGGCUGCUGUCAUCGGAAAGAUCCUCUUUAUUUCUUACUGUAUUCGCCGACUGAGAAAGAAAAGCUCAUUUGAUGUACAACCUCCCUCCUCACCUGACACAGAGGUCCCUUUAAGCUCUGUUGAAACAGAAAAUCCAGAGAAAGUUGAUCAAUGAGAAUCUGUUCACCAAACCAAAUGUGGAAAGAACGCAAAGAAGACAUAAGACUUCAGUCAAGUGAAAAAUUAACAUGUGAAUUGGACACUCCAAUAAAUUAUAUACCUACCUAAAUUGUACAAUUUCAGAAUGCAAUUUUCAUUAUAAUGAGUUCCAGUGACUCAAUGAUGGAAAAAAAUACUCUGCUCAUUACUAUUUCAAGAUAAAGAACAAAUGUUUCCUUGAGUCUUUGCUUUUGUAUGUUAGCAUAAUUUUUAGAAUUGAUUGAGAAUUCUAAUCCAAAACUUUAGUUGAAUUCAUUUACAUUUGUUUAAUACUAACUUAAUCUAAUCUAUUGUAUUGUAAUAAUGGUGCUGUGAAAUGAAAGGCUUGAAAUACCUAAAUGAAGUUUAGGUUUUCUUCCUAUUGCAAACUUUUGAGUCUGGUUUCAUUGUUAUAAAUAAAUUAAGGGGACACUAAAGUCCUAUCAUUUAUUUCCUUCAUUGCUGAACAGGCAAGAUAUAAUAUUACAUGAAUGAUGA